AUGAAUAAUUGCGGCGAGUCUUGCACCGACAAAAAAUUCUUGGAAAAGAAGAGCAACACUGAUCCGGAUGCCACAGCUUCCAUUGGCGUCAUGUCCGAAGGAACGGAUGUCAUAAGAGAUAAUCCGGAAAUGCAGAAGAUCAUCGCGGGAGAUGCCCACUUCCAUCGCCUAGGAUGGAAACGUCUGACGAUAAUCCUAAUCAUCAACGCAAUCGCUUUAGGUAGUCUUAGCUUGCCUGCUGCUUUCGCAUCCCUCGGCAUGGUUGCAGGUGUCCUUGUCUGUGUCGGUAUCGGGUUUAUUGCAAUCUAUACAAGUCUCGUCAUUGGCAAGGUGAAACUCAAAUUUCCAGCAGUUGCACACUAUGUUGACAUUGGACGCCUCAUGAUGGGUGGAUUUGGAGCUAUACUCGUCGGCUUUAUGUUUGUUACCGGCGCGAUACUUGUUAUUGGAUCGCACUGCUUGACUGGCGCCAUUGCCCUUGCCACUAUUACGCAGAGUAGUAUCUGCUCAGUGGUGUUUUCUGUUAUCUCGGCUAUUUUGCUGUUAUUACUGGCCAUUCCACCUUCAUUCGCCGAGCUUGCCUUUCUAGCCUAUAUUGAUUUCGCCUCGAUUAUUCUGGCUAUCGGUGUCACAAUUAUUGCUACUGGUAUUCAAAGAGGAUCUAUGGAUGCCGAUACCGCAAAUGAAUGGUCCGCCUGGCCAAAGCCAAACCUCACUAUCAGUGAAGCAUUUGUCUCAGUGAGCAGUAUUAUCUUUUCAUAUUCAUUUGCAGUUGCACAGCCGUCUGUGAUGCACGAAAUGCAUACACCAAAAGAUUUCAAGAAAGCCAUUUGGGCAUUAGGACUGACAGAAAUUGUGGUUUACACCCUAACGGGCGCUAUUAUCUAUUGGAAUGUCGGUCAGUAUGUUCAAUCGCCAGCACUUCUGUCUGGUGGAGCAACCAUAUCCCGAAUCGUUUUCGGAAUUGCCUUGCCAGUCAUUUUCAUCUCGGGGUCUAUUAGUACAACUGUGCUUUGUCGUUAUAUACAUGGCCAUAUCUACAAAGACAGUGUAGUGCAGUAUAUCAACACUAAAAAGGGAUGGGCGACAUGGCUUGGAGCUGUCACUAUUAUUACUCUCGCAGCAUGGCUUAUCGCUGAACUUAUCCCUUUCUUCUCGGAGUUACUGUCCCUGGUUGGAGCACUCUUUAUUUCUGGUUUUUCUUUCUAUCUCCCACCUGUUAUGUGGUUUGUUCUCCUCAAAGAAGGCUCUUGGUACGAUCGUGAAAACAUCCAAAGCGCUGUUUGCAACGGCAUCGUAUUCCUUAUCGGUAUCACUGUACUUGGAUGCGGUACCUACGCGAGUAUUGUUGGAAUGAUCCAGAAGUUUGACUCAGGCUCUGUUGGGAGACCAUUUUCAUGUUCCAGCCAAUAG